AUGACUUCCGGAUACGCUGCAGCUCACCUGUCAACCAAAGGUCCAGGUGACGCCCGUCCAACCGCACUACAAAUCAUCAAGGACGAAAACCUUGAAGGAAAGUUGUCUGACAAGGUUAUUCUGAUAACCGGCUGCUCCUCUGGCAUAGGUGCCGAGACGGCACGUGCACUCUAUGUUACUGGCGCUACUCUUUAUCUGACGGUCCGUGAUAUCAAAAAAGCGAAGAUCAGUUUGGGCGACAUGGUCACUAGUUCUCGGGUUCACCUGUUGCACCUUGACCUGAACUCCCUAGAGUCUAUUCGCAUCUGUGCGGAAGAGUUCAAGUCUAAAAGCAAGACCCUGAACAUCUUGAUUGAGAAUGCUGGAGUGAUGGCGUGCCCAGAGGGCCGAACGGAAGAUGGCUUCGAAGUACAGUUUGGAACUAACCACCUGGCUCAUUUCCUCCUAUUUCACCUACUCAAGCCUGUCCUGCUAGCUUCAUCGACCCCCAAUUUCAACUCUCGUGUUGUGAUCCUAUCCUCGGCCGCCCAUCGGUAUUCGAGCGUCAACUUCAACAACAUCAGCCUCGAGAACGGAUACGAUCCCUGGAAGGCAUACGGCCAGAGCAAAACAGCUGGUAUCUGGACAGCUAAUGAAAUUGAGAAACGUUAUGACUCUCAAGGCCUCCAUGCUUUUAGUUUGCACCCGGGUGGUAUUCAGACCGAUAUAUCCCGUCACGUUACGGAUGAACAGAAGGCUGCUUGGGGAACCGAUGAAGCAUUAACGAACUACUGGAAAAGUCCUGAACAAGGGGCCGCUACGACCGUGUGGGAAGCUGUGGCGAAGGAACUGGAGGGUCAAGGCGGAAAGUACUUGGAUAACUGCCAAGUUGCUGGUCUGUACAAUCCGAACGAUGGUCCCUGGGGCCCUGGUUAUGCGUCAUGGGCAUUUGAUGAAGAGAGACAGAAGAAGCUUUGGACAGAGAGCUUGCGUAUGGUGAAGUUAGAAAAUGAGGAGGAUAGCUAA